AUGAGCAGCACUGCAAAAUCCUCGUCAAAGUCCGGCAAGGGCGUUGAUUCGUUUGCGGAUCUCAUGUCCUUUGCUGGUGCAACAUCGUCUCGCAGCUCAAAUGAUGCUCUUGCCGGGCUUUCUCUCAAAGAACGUCAAGAAAAACUCAAGCUUGAACAGGAAAAGAAGGUCCAAGAGCGUCGGGCAGCUCAACAGAUGUGGGCAUCUGGUCUUGACUCUCUUGGUGCUUCAUCUUCUACUCCAUCGCUCUCAAGUACAUUAUCUUUUACAUCACUUGCUCCGUCUCCAGCAAUAACCCCGGCUCCAAGAACUGCAUCCUCUACCCCAGUUCCACCAGCUGCUUUGCCGUCACUUAAGGUCAAACAAACGCCUAAUUUAUCAACUAUUUCUUUGCCUUCGUCCAUUGCCUCACUACCAGUAGCUUCUGGGAGUUCUAGUUCUGCUUCGCCUUUAGACUUCGACUUUUCUAUUUCCCAGCCAGCCCCUGUUCAAUCAAAUUCAUUAGAUGAAUCCUCUAACGACAUUGAUGAUAUUUUUGCUGUCUUCAACAAGCCACCGCCACCUUCAGCACCUGUCCCUGCUCCCGUAAAUGAGCCUGUAUCUCCACCUUCAAUUACUGUAGAGAAACCUGCUCCUAAAAGACAUGUUGGUCACGCUUCAGAUUUGAACGAUCAGUCGCCUAGUACCAACUUUAAUAGUCGUAGAGAACGAGAAAACUUCGACAUGGAUGAAGAUGAUUACGAAGCUCCUCAGAGAUUUUCUCCCAAAAAAGCUAACAAAAAUUCUAAAAGCGAAAAACUAGAUCAUGCAAUUGCUGAGCUUGUUGACAUGGGUUUUACUGCUGAGCAAUCUGCUGAGGCAUUGAAGUUUACCGAUGAUGGUAUAAAUGUCCGUCAAGCCAUUGAUUAUAUUAUGACCGAAGCCCACCGCAAGGCCACUGGUAAACCACCAAUUGAUCCUCAUGAAUAUCGCCAGCACCGUGCAGAAUCUUCAUCUGGUGGUAACAGCAGAAGCGACACGCCAGAUAUCUCCAAACUUGCACAAGAGUUUUCAUCUCAACUUUUUUCGGCAAGCAAGAUUUUGUUUAAUCAAAGUAAGAAAACCAUUAACAAGGCCAUCAACUCAUAUACGGCUGGUCCUGCUGAUGAUGGUACACCUGCAUGGAUGAGAAGUUCGGAUCGAUACAGACAACAUUCGCACUAUGACGAAGACUUAGAGGAACCUGUUUUACGUCCUUCAAGAAAAACAUGGGAUGAAGACGCUCCUGAAGUUGACAUCUCUAAUAUGCAUUUGGGUAACGGUAACAGACCAAAGAAGAUUUCCCCUCCAACUGUCACCGAUGAAGCACUUGCUCUUGAAUCAGAUGGAUCUCGAAGAACAAACAGAUCGUCAAAAGCUGCUGCUGCUUCUCCUCCUCCUCAGUCUAUUCGAAGAUCAGCUAGCCCUCCUCCAAUGGCUCCUAGACCCAGACGUGCCAAUCCCCCAGUCUCUCGUACGCAACGCUUUAAAGAUGAGUUUUCUGAUGACGACGCUGGAUCGGGUGCUGCUACACCUUCCACUACUGUAACACGUUCGUCUCCUAAACUUGAUAACAUUUCUGCGCCUUCCUCUGCUCGGGCCUCUCCGGUUCCAAGCCUUUCCAGAGCUCAACAAUUUAAGAUGAACGGAUCUGCUAAGGAUGAAGAUGAUGUGAUGGCAUAUGUGUCACCGGCACGUAGAAACCGUCAGGCUAAGCCAUCGCCUUCUUCACGAUCUUCGACGCCUUCUAACGACAAACCAUUUGUUUCUACUAUUCCACCAAAGCCAACUGUUCCUCCACGAGAACCUGUUGCUAUUUCUUCUAUCGCUCUUGAUAUGGUUUCGACUGCACGUCAAUCCGGUACAGAGGCUUUUAAACGCGGAGACUACCCACAAGCUGAAAUUUUCUAUACUCAAUCACUGGCUUCUAUUCCACCCAAACAUCUUUUACGCACCAUUGUUCUUUCUAACCGCGCAGCGGCCUAUAUGAAGCUUGGUGACUCUAAGGCUGCGCUUAAUGAUGCGAAAGAAGGUUUGGAUAUUAUUGGUCCAGGUCUGGGUGCAGAUGAAGAGGCAGAGCCCGGAAAACCACUCAAGGAAAUAUGGUCGAAGCUCACACAACGUCAAGCUGAAGCUCUUGAGUCUUUAGAACGGUUUAAAGACUCCCUGGGAAGCUGGAACAACUUAAUUGAAAAUGGAUAUUCAUCAAAAACCGCAUUAGAUGGAAAAAGACGAUGUUUGGCAGCUCUUGAGCCUCCCAAACCUAAACCAGCUACUGCUCCUAAGCCAGCUGCUACGGCUGCACCAGUACGUCCUAAACCAACUCCUAGCAAGCCAUCUACAUCUAGUGCUCCCAGCGAUGAAGCUCUAAAGCGAAUUCGUGAAGCGAAUCAAAAGGCCGAACAGGAAGAUGUUGAACGCUACCAGCUACUGGACUCGGUGGAGCAACGAAUUGAGAGUUGGCGCAAAGGUAAAGAAGAUAAUUUGCGCGGGUUGCUUGCUUCGUUGGAUACAGUUCUGUGGUCAGAGCUUGGUUGGAAAAAGGUCAGCAUGGCUGAGCUUGUUAUUCCGAAGAAGGUUAAAAUUUCAUACAUGAAAGCCGUGGCCAAAACGCAUCCAGAUAAAGUUCCGGCAAAUGCAACGACCGAACAAAAAAUGGUUGCACAGGCAGUCUUUGUCACAAUAAACAAGGCAUGGGACGGAUUCAAAGUUGCUAAUGGACUUUCGUAA